AUGUCCCUCUUGCCUAAUCUCUUAACUUUUCCCAUUUGGCUCUUUAUUUUGAUUGACAGCUGUUCUUCAUCAACGCCAAACACGCUCAACGGCCAACACAUCCGCGUCAUAUGGACACUUUGGAGUGGAAACCCUAAAGGAAUAGUUGGACCGCUCAAAGGCGGAGAGAUCCUCAAAUUCUUGACGAAACGUUUGAAUUUCACGUACGAAAUGGUUCGAGUGACGGAAGACAAACUGGAGCCAUCGGAAAAAGCCCCAGGACUUUUCAGCUAUUUAUGGAAUCAAAAAGCCGAUUUGCUGGUCCACGAUACGAUCGCCAACUACCAGUACAGUUCAGUCGUCGAUUUUUCACUGCCAUGGAUUUACGCUUAUUACAGUUUCCUCAUCCCAAUCCCUGAUGAAUCGGCCAACAUCAACGCCGUCGCCAAACCAUUUCAAUGGCCGAUUUGGUUAGGACUUGGAAUAUCAAUCGUUUGCGUCAUCACAGUUUUGAAUUUGAUCCAACGCUACUUGCAAUAUCGAUUCGUAAUUGAAACACCACUAAAACCAAUCGACAAACCACCGGCUGACAAAAUUAUCACCAAAGGAGAAACGGGAAAACAAUAUCUUUACGUUUUCGGCAAUUUACUAUCACAAGGCGGCCCUUGUAUGUCGAAAAGAUUACCCUAUCGACUAGUCGCUGGCGUUUGGACCCUGGCCGCUUUCAUCUUCGUCCAGGCCUACACGUCGACUCUCUUCACAUACGUCGUGACGCCAAUCAGUGAACCGCUAAUCAAUUCAGUCUACGACGUUGUUGACAAUCCCGAUAUCAAAUUAAUAGUCAGGGAAACGGGGUUUAUGAAUACUUUACUAACGACCAACAAUUACACGGGGCUAUUCGGGAAUUUAAGAAGAAGACUGGACACCUACCCAAACUCUCAAUGUGGAUCGUUGACGAACUGCGCUGAACCCGUCAAAUCAGAAUAUGGAAACGUCUUCCUUGAGGCAAACGUUUACCUACUGGAUACAAUCAGAAAAGAUUUUAACAAAACUGGAAACUGCAACUUUCAAAUGGCAAAAGAAGCAUUUAUCUCCAUCAUGUGUACGCUUGUUCUACAGAAAAACAGUCCCCACACGCAAAUCAUUCAACUAGCAACAUUAAAUCUGCAAGAAACUGGACUGGUCGACUUUUGGGACACGUGGUUUCGCCCAAUGCCUCCCCAAUUUGGAUCGAGCCUUUCCCUUUUGGCUUUUCUUGGCGAAAAAAUUAUUUUUCUACGUAAACUUCGUAUUCGCAAAGUUAAUGAGUUGCUACAACGGAAACACUUUGUCAAGGUAUCACCCAAGACAGAAGAAGCCAAUGAGACAGAAGAAACAACCAUCAUCCUCGAAUAA